UAAAUGUUCUCCGGUUGCUGUUUGAAGUCGGAAACUUUUCGUGGAUGCACCGAAUGAGAGUUGUUUACAUGGAAGUUUCUGUUAGUAGAAACUACAACAGCGGUCUUUAAAACUAACAAAUGUCGCUGAAAGUAGACUUUAUGGACAGAAUGGAGGCUCCGGCGGGAUUUUAGUGGAUUUAAACGAGUCUUGUCGCUGCGUGGGCACAGUGAGAGGAAGGUGUUGGCUGUGGGCACUCGGCAGGACACAUGGCAGAGGAAGGCAACAAGCUGACACUGAGGCGCCUGGAGGCUCCCGUCCACAAGUUCAUUAAAGUGGCUCUUCCCACGGACCUGGAGAGGCUGCAGAAACACCACAGCAACAUUCUGAAGUAUCAGCAAAACCAGCAGUGGGACCGCCUCCACCAGGAGCACAUUAACGCCAGCAGAACCGUUCAGCAACUGAGAGCAAACAUCAGAGAGAUGGAGAAGCUGUGCGGUCGGGUCCGUCCUGAAGAUGCCGAGGCUCUGGAAGCUCUGGUCAAGCCGGUCAGAACCAGAGCGUCCAUCGCCGCACAAGACUUCCUGCUUAUGCACUCUAACCCAGCAGCACAGCUCACCUCUGCAGCAGCAGCAGCCUCACGUCCACACAGCUGUCACACAGCUGGAUACGAGGGGGGAAACCUACCGACCAACAGGCAGCUCCAGCUUCAGCUUCCUGAAAUCCCCGCUGAUCAGAGUGCAGCUGAGUCCUGGGAGAACCUGGAAGAGGACCUGAAGGAGCUGAGCGGUUUGGUGACCGAGUUCUCUCUGCUUGUCCAUUCCCAGCAGGAGAAGAUUGACAGCAUAGAGGACAACGUCAACACAGCCACGGCCAAUGUGGAGGAGGGGACCAAGAGCCUGGGGAAGGCGGUGGGAUACAAGAUGGCGGUGCUGCCGGUUGCAGGCGCGCUGCUCGGCGGCGUGUUAGGAGGUCCUCUCGGCCUGUUGGCUGGAUUCAAAGCUGCAGGAGUGGCGGCCGCUGUGGGAGGGGGAGUCCUGGGCUUUGCUGGGGGUAACCUGGUCCAGAAGCACCGCCAAGCUCGUGUGGAUCAGCAGAUGAAACAGCUGACGCCGGUGGACGAAUCAGAGCAAAGCAAGGACAAAUGACCCGACACUGACCUUUACACCUCCAUGAGAGGUGAAGAGACUCCUUGUCUGAGCACCUCUGCUACCAAGCACUUUGUAGAGCCAUUAUGAAACAGCCUUAAGGAGGAGUUGGAGGAGUUUCGGUGAGCGGUGAAAGUGUUUUUUAGCCACAGUAACACUACAGCUUCCGGUUACGUGUUGAACCUGAAGAUAAUCAGUAAUAAUAAUGAUGUAAAUAUCUAUUCAGAAGCACAAAACUGCAUCUGUGUACCAAGUUUCUGCCGCUCUUCAGGUUUCCCAGGGCUCACACACUUCCUCUGAGCUAACUUACAAUAAAUGUUUUUAAAGAUA